AUGGAUGACCUCGUUAACAUAAAAUCCCCGCCCUCAACGUCGCUGGUUUCGACGGAGUCAGCUAUGGCCACAGAUAUGACUUUCUCCCAAGCGCUCAACGAUCCAAACAGUCAGCCGGAUGAGCCUUCCAUCUUUGUAGCCGCUCAACGGGGUGACUUGGAGCUUAUUCGCGAGCUUAUUACCUCGGGAAAAGCUAGUGCUACCGACCGCGACCCACAAAAUAUCACCCCAUUGCAUUGGGCGGCCAUCAACGCCCACGUCGCGGCGUGUCGCUAUUUACUAGAACAGGGCGCUGAAGUUGACGCUCUGGGGGGUGACCUUGUGGCUACACCAAUGCAGUGGGCCGCCCGCAAUGGAUACCUCUAUGUUAUCCAGCUUCUCAUCGCCCAUGGCGCCGACCCCACCAUCACCGAUUCACAGGGCUACAAUUCUUUACACCUUGUCACUCAUUCAUCCUCUAUCAUGCCCUUGCUAUAUCUUCUACACCAACCCAUCAAUGUGGACUCACGAGAUUCUCAGGGCCAUACUUCUUUGAUGUGGGCGGCCUACCAAGGCGACGCUCUUUCUGUCGAUUUGCUACUCAGGCAUGGGGCAAACACCAACCUCAAAGACGACGCUGGACUUACACCACUCCACUGGGCAGUAGUUAGAGGGAACCGUGUUGCUAUUAGAAGGCUUAUCGAAAAGGGCGCUGACCUCGGAGCGAAAGAUGGAGAGGGUAGAACACCUAGAGACAUGGCUGCCGAACUCAAGAGUCUGGGCGCAUGGAAGCGAGCGUUGGAGGAGGGAGGAAUGGACGAAUAUGGAGUAAAACGAGGGAGACCUCUAAGUGAUGUAUACAUCCGUACUAAAGAUUUGUUGCAGCGCAAUACAAAGAUUGCCAUUUUCAUAAUGCCCACAAUAUUUUUCUAUCUAAUAUUCAUGACUUUAACGCUUCUCCCAUGGUAUACUGGUAUCAUACUUGCGCUUGCGGAAUUCUUUGGCAUGCAUCAUAUUGUCACGCGCGUCCUUCUAAAUAAAUCAACGUACACCGACAGCGUCAGCCAAACACCUUAUUUCGCUGGAAUUAUUAGCGGCUCUAUGUUGUGGGUCAUGUACUGCUGGGUCACAAGACUGGUUCAAGUAUUUGCGCAUUCAUGGAGGACUAAUGGAGACGCAGAGACACAAUAUCACUCUUUUGCUCAUUUUAUGUUCGCCGUGGCCGUUGGAUUAUGCGCUUACAACUUUUUCCGUGCUGUCACUCUGGAUCCUGGAACCUGCCCGAAGCCUAGCAGCGACGAAGAGCUCAAAUCUGUCAUCGAAGAUCUUGCUUCAGAAGGCCGUCUCAAUGGACAGACAUUCUGUAUUCAAUGUAUGGCACGGAAACCUCUGCGAUCGAAACAUUGUCGCGUCUGCGACAAGUGCGUUGCACGAAGUGACCAUCAUUGUCCAUGGGUGUGGAACUGCGUUGGAGCAAACAACCAUCGCCAGUUCCUUCUUUUUGUUACCACCUUGGUCAUUGGAAUCUGUCUCUUUGAUUAUCUCACUUACGCAUAUUUCAAAGCGAUUCCUAUACCUAAUGACUCUUCACAAAUCUCACCUUCCUGCCCUCUUCCACAAGAUCUUUGUGCUAUUACCUCUCAUGACAGCUUCCUUGUCUCCGUUGCUGCUUGGGCUACUCUCCAGCUUACAUGGACCUCCAUCCUACUCGCCUCACAAUUUUGGCAAGUCGCACGACAGAUGACCACCCUGGAAGUUUCUAACCUAGGACGAUAUGGUUUCAUGGGCGGACGCGGGGGUGCAUCGCUCUCCGGCCAAAUGGGCCACCGUCACCAGUCGCGGCACGACAGCGUGCUCCCAGGCGUCGACACCGAGGACACUGCUCUCGUCAGCGACACGAGCAGCGCAUCCACUGGCGUCGUGCAUCGCCAUUCUGGCGUGUGUGCAGGCUGCGGCAGUGGGUUCCUGAUGAAUCUGCUUGGAUUCGACCGCUUCACGAAAGGCAAGGCGGUGGAUGGCCUUACUCGUGCGAGCAAAGCUAGCAAUCCAUUCGACAUUGGUAUCGUUGGAAAUUGUAAAGACUUUUGGACUGGCGGGAAGGAGUUGGGAGUGGAGUAUGAUAAGUUGUACGAUGUUCCUGUGGAAGGGUUCCGAGAAUGGAAACGCCGAAAGGAAAGGGAGGAGGAGGACGAUGGUGCGAGAAAGCCAACGACCAGGAAAGGCAUCUUCAUGGGCUUAGGUUUAGGAAGAGCGGGCAGCAGUCGCGGGGGAUACGAACCUGUCAGUCAGGUUUGA